GCAGUCUGGUUUUGGUCUCUGGUCUUUAAUAAAACAUAACUUCUCAACCAAACCACCGAAGAACAAGGCUCCGCGAGCUACCCCGACCCAGGAGAUUUUGAAAGUCCCUAAAGAAUGAUUGGAUCCUGAUUCAAACUAAUGAAGACUUGGACUUUGGAACGUCAAAAAAAGCCAUGUGAAUAUGGAACAUACAAUAUCAUCCUUGUUGGAUUCAUAAUGUCAAUAGGAUCAUCUGUACAAAAUCGGUGAGGUUAAUCCAUGUCGGUCAUCCUCUUUGAGAAAAUUGGUAAUCCUAGUGACUUUAAUUUUUCAGUUCUAUAGCUGAUGCGCGUGCAUCGCGAGCGUUGAUCGCGGUGCUGGCAAGUGCCAAGUGCCAUGCUUCAAGGUGUCGUGUGUCGUUGAGCUCGUUCUUUCGUCUUAUUCAACUUUAGUCCGUCGAACUGCUUACAAGUUACAAUUGCCAAGCCUUCAAAUGUCGAGUCAAAGUUUGGCAAACCUAGCACGGAAAAAUUGCUUUCGAGCCGGCGAAGUAACCCAGGCCCCAAACCUCGUCGUUUCAUCAUACGUAUAGGUGCAUGGACCCGUGUAGCAAUAUUUAAGUUUUCACAUAUGUGUAUACGCAGUUUCACGCACACACACGUGGUGAGGCGCAGUCUCAAGUGUUGAAUGGGCGGGGGCAGAGCGGCAUGAAUUCGAAAAAUGUUCCCACGGUCGCAAAGACCCGAGUUCGCUGCAUUAGCUCUAGCUCAUCGCGUUCAUCUGGUUUAUCUAGUUAAUCCCUGUCGUCCUGUCGCUUAGUUAAGUGACCUCGACCUUCGACCUCGAACCACUAACGAAAAAAUGAGCGGUCAUGCGGUUGUCGUAUGGGAAUGGGAAAAUCGACAGGGGAGAUGGAGACCCUAUAGUCCUGCUGUUUCCCAACAUCUUGAAAGAGCCAAUUGCAAAAAGCUCACCAGAGUAUUCUUGAACGAUGCCGAUCCAAACCUUGACAGUUCUAUCUGUAUCAGAUACUACAUAAAUCUCAAGACAAAGAUGCAAUGUAAUGAUGAUGGGACAGAAACACAUAAUGUCAGGCGAAAGUUUUACUUGCCUGGAUCACCUGCGGGAAAGGGCGCAAAGUGGGAAUGGGUAGGUGACGCCGAUGACUGGCACACUUACGACAUGGAGGUGCAAUGCCUUAUAGAGGAAGCGUGGGCGCGGGGUGAUAAAACAAUCGAUGUUUCCAAGAGUUACCUCGGAUUUCCAUACAUCAUAAAUUUUUGUAAUCUUACACAAGUCAGGUGUUGUACGGGCUACGUACGUCCAAUUCGACGCAUACAACAGGCACCCUAUCCAUUGGUGAAAGUUGCUUUGGAAGAACUACCCCCGACUACUGGCAGGAGGGGACUCAACGCUACAGUCAAGGGUACGCACGCUAAAGUGACCCAUAAAAAGUUGCCCAAUGGUAAUGGGAAGAAGAAUAGCAAGAAAGGAAAGCAUGGAGAAACGGGAUCAACUAAUAUAGCUCGAGUCAUACUAAAUAACUUGAACAUAUUCGGCAGUAAACAUGUGGAAAAUCCUGUAGUUGAAAAUUCUAUUGAAUCUGUCCAAAAACGUAAGACACGUGAUUCUGUGUUGGACGUAGAUUCAAGUAGCACCAAAAGUGGCAGACGUCCCAGUGUCGAUACUGUGUCGACUUAUUUGAGUCAUGAAAAUCCAGUUGAUUUACUGGAUAGUAGCAUGGGGAGCGACGAUGCCUUCAAGGAUGCGGUCGUUGGUGUCAUGUCUGCAGCACCUGAUGUCAUAUCUCAGUACGUAAGGGUUGUGGAAAGUGCUGGAUCUGAUUCGUGUCCAGUUUGCCUGGGAUCCCCUGAGCCUUUGACAGUAGAGUUGACCCGUUGUAGACACAGAUUACACCUGGCUUGUCUCAAUGCUAUGAUCAGUUCCCAGCAACAACCAAUGUACAUCCAAUGCCCCGUAUGCCGACUCAUAUAUGGUGAGAAAAGGGGAAAUCAACCUCCAGGGACUAUGAACUGGACUCGAAUACCCAGAGCCUUGCCUGGAUUUCCAAACACAAACACGAUUCAAAUAACUUAUGACAUACCAUCGGGGAUCCAGGGACCAGAGCAUCCAAACCCUGGGCAGACGUACUACGCUGUUGGUUUUCCUAGGGUCUGUUACCUUCCAGACACUGACAUGGGCCGAAGAGUUCUGAGAUUGUUGCAUACCGCGUUUGAACGAAGAUUGAUCUUCACUGUUGGACGUUCGGUGACCACUGGUAGAGAGGAUGUAAUAACGUGGAAUGAAAUUCAUCACAAAACUGAACUGGGUCCAUCAACGUCUGGGCACGGAUAUCCGGACAUCUCGUAUCUGGAACGUACACUGUCAGAACUCGCUGCGCAAGGCAUUGCUGACGGGCAAUCUGUAUCAGCUCUCUAUCAAGAGCUGCACUAACUUCAAGUUAACGGUUCUGUUAGCAGAAGUUGAUGUAACGUCAAUUCACGGUCGAAAACAGAUUUUCCAGCAGCUGAAAAAAGACUGAAGUGUAAGUUCCGCGAGCGUGGAUAAUUUUCAAGUCAUUGAUUUGGUGUUCGACCAAUGCAUAGUUUCAUAAGUCUCGCGGACGGUAAUAAACUAUAAUACUCAGUGAGGGAUCUGACAAUGUCAGUUAUAUUCUGUUUCACGUAUUCGAUGUAUGGUUCACAUAAUAGCUUUAAUUUUAGACCACAAAUUAUUAAUUCAUAUACGCAUUGGAGAUAGUCGGAUUUUUGUGUUUUCUGCGAAUAGUUUACUAUUCUAAUGAAGUUAUCCGAAUAUGUAAAGUAAGUACUGCUUCAUUGAUGAGUGCAGAGUUGUCAGAGUGACAAGAACUUCUAUAAAUGUAAUCCAUAGUCUUCCGAAUAAUCUUAACUGUGAAAAGCGAAAGUUUUACAAUUGUGCCAAGUCAUUUCUGGAGAAAAUCGGUCUAAGGCUGCAAGAGAAUUCUGCCUAGUAAAAUACUAUAAGAUUCUAGACUAUAUCCCAUUCAAUGGUAUUAAUAAACGAUAUAUAUAUAUAUUUGCAAA